AGUCGUACGUUUCAUUUGUUAAGAUCCAGAACAAAAAAGUAAAACUUUCUUGAUUUUGAUCACUCUUUGUGAUUUGGGUGACGAAGUAACAAGUGAAAAGAGGCAUGCGAUGCAACGAUUAUGUUCAAACAAGCAACACUGUCAUAUUCAUUUUUUCUUAUUCCGUUGGCGUUGCUCUGCUGAAAACGAUACCGAAACUAUGGAGAAAAAAAACAUCGCAGAACCGAAAUUGGUUUCAAAACUGAGUGAGACUGCGUGUGCGUUUGACAGAAUCGUUGAUUUUGGAAUACCAUCGCUGGAUAUUUUUGUCAGUUGUUUUUCGAUUGAAAUGAAAACGUAUUAAUUCACCAUGAAUCGAAUCAGAAUGUUCUGUUGUUGGCAUAUUUCAUUUACAUGAAAAAUUCGGAUCUCAAAAUCGAAUGCUGGGAUGUGUUUGUUGUUUGAAGUGAAAACAAGAUAGCGGUAAAACCAUUUGCGGUAAGAAUGAGCUCGAGCAUCGGAUUCAUACGCUUUGUGUGUUUGUGUGUUUGUGUGUAUUCGGCAGCGAACGACACAAUUUUCGGAGUUGAUAUUUCAAUCUCCAUGCGAUGCAUAUUUGAACGUUUGCGAAUCAGCAUGACGACAACAACAACGGCAACGACAACAACAGGGACGACAAUCUGUCUCAACUUUGUGUUGACCGCAUCGAAGCACUUGUCAUGCACAUCACCAAUACCAAUACAAAGCGUCGAUUGUUUCAAGUAGCCAAUAUGCAGAGCGAGUUCGACACGAACCAAUUAAUGAUGAGUGAUACGUUAGACAGUGACAACCAUCUGUCAUUAGCACGCGCGCUUUCUCUGAGUUGUGUGCGAAAUUGUCCAUCUAAAGAAAACUAACGGUUGACAAUUCGUACAUGGACCAACAUCAUUUUGCCGGACAUCGCACGCAUCAUUUUCUUAUUGUCACUCGUUGAAAUUGGUCGCAGUUGAACUGCUUGAAUAUUUUUGUUUGUCUCGUGUGAAAAAAAAUCCAGUGCUGUCUUAGAAAUGGAAGAAUCACUUCAGAUCAGCGCCAUCGACAAAGACGAUUCAUUUUCUAUUCUUUGCGCAUCGCUUGAAGUAGCAAAGCUUAAUCACCAGGACGAAGCGACUGAAGUUGCAUUUUUGCUAGGCAAUUUGGCGGACGUUCGUGGCAAGUACGAGAACUUUGGUCUAGCCAUGGCUGAUAAAUUGGACAUCGCGAAAGCUCAGCAUGCUGAUGAAAUCGCCCACAAGCAAAACGAAUUCGCGGCCAUGCGGGCCAAUUUGCAAGAGGUCAUUGAUGCACACUCCAAUUCACUGAAGAAGCUAGAGGCUGAAAACAAUGCUGUCAUCGAAAACGCUCAAAUGAUGAAAGAUUUUUUGGAUUCUAUUCGUGAUCAAAUCAACAAUUUCUUCGCUCAAAUCGACCAACACGGUCAGAAUGCUAAUGAGCAACAAGUGGUGGAUGUCGUGACGGUCGAAAGUGAUACUGAAGAUGGUUUAUCCGAAGCGGACCAUGACAACGAAGACAUGGAAGAGGCACAAGAGCAGCCUGAAGCUGCUGAGAACGGCGCAAAUGAAGUGAUUGAAAAUGAACAGGAAGCUCACGAAAUGGAGCCAGUUCAACAGAAUCUAUCGAAUGGUGACGCUCACGAUGAAACGGUCCAACCGAACGACGACGAAGGUAAGGAAAAUGUGCGCCCACAAAGCACACCGAUCGCCAAAGCUGAUCCACCAGCCAUCGUUCCAGAAGCAUCGUCAUCAGCUACAACGGUUUCAGCGGCAUCGAUCAUCGUGACCGUCCCAAAGGUUAUUCCAGCCGUCGUCGCUACUACUGCUGCCGCCUCUGUGCCAAAAUCAUCGCCAUUGGUCGAAAAGGUCGAAAAUAUCGACGAGCCUGGCACAUCGGGCAUUACUCGGCAAAAGAAGCAGUACACUUGCAUUUUCUGCCCGAAAAAAUUCUCAAAGAAGGCAUUGGUGUUCCUACAUUGGGAAUCGGUUCAUGGCAUGAAGAUGAAAACAAUCGAUGGACAGCCGAAUCUGGCGAAAACCGGCAAGUCUGCAUCGCACAAGUCACUAAAGCGCAAGUAUAUCACCGUGGUCGCCAACGAGGAUGGGGAUGAUGAUGCCGACACGGAAAUCGCUCCCAGCUCAAAUGGACACUAUGUCACUGCACCCAACAACCCGAUGCAACAGGCCGUGAAGCGUUACAAGAAGACUAGCACCAAGGUAUCCGCAAUGCACCGCGAAUAAAACCGAUCGGUAAUGCAAUUCUGCGCUUCAUACCUUUUUUUCUAUUUUUUUUCGUAUUUUGACAUUUAUUCUUAUAAAAUCACGUUCAUAUUUCUAUGAAAAUCACAUACACACACAAGACUGGUGAUCGUCUUUUGUAUUGCAAUACGAAAGCGAUAUCACAUUCGAAUUUAGUUAGUUGGUUAAAUCGAACGAAGAAUGAAAUCUGGUAAUUUUUUGUUGAAAAUUAUUCAGAUCGAAUCGUGAAUGACAAGAGUCAAAAAAAUUUAUAUCGAAACGUUAUGAAACGUGAAUCGAAUGAACGAUGAAUUAUGUAAUAAGUUCAAAGCACUUGUUUGUUUCUUGAAAUAAAUGUUCAAACCGUAAAA